AUGAGGAUGCUACCCAGACCUAACCCCAAAGCGCAAGGUGGAGGCAAACUGAACCCACCACCAGUAAACGUGCUGGCAGCAGUAAACCCGAUCAACUGUCCCGAUAAUGUUCGCUCAGAACUCCUACCAUACUUAGCCCUUGGCUUCACGCCUGUAUUCACAUCUGCCGGGGCAAACCUCUGCGCCAUCCACGCACUAGCAAACGGUCUCCGAGCCGUAAAAGAAGCUUUAGACAUCCCCGUAGACCCUCGCGGACACAUCACAACGAGUGGACUCCGCCGACAACUAGCCAGUCCCAAAUGGAUUCAAAAGAUCACCGCGCAUGUCGAUAUAGUUCCCGAUUUAGAAAAACCAUUGCGGGAUCAGCAUAUCGCAUAUUACAGCGCGAAAGAGUUUUUAGAUGUCAAUCACAUCGACCUUCUACUUCAACUAGUCAACGACGUGGAAAAGACAAACUUCUGUCUCGGCGUCGUCACUCGAGGAUAUGUGACCAAGAAGAAAGUAGUCCCAACAACAGUCUAUAUAUACAAUGACGGCACAGGCACGCAGCCUGUUAUAUGGCUGCACAACGAUAACGCAACCAAUAAAUUUAGCGACCAACAGCAGGAGGCUUUCGAGGAAGCGGAGUCGAAGGGAGAUCCAGGAGCCAAUGUUGCCAGUGCAUAUGAGGACAUGAAUAUCGCCAACCACUGGGAAGCAUUCGGCAUUCCAGCAGAGGAUGCCCAAGAAACGAAACGUCGCAACGUAGUCAGAGACUGGAAUUUCGGACCAGAAAUCGUCGAAGAUGUCGCAAAAGGGGUUUGGAGAACAACGAUUAGUAAUCUCUCAGAACCACUUCCACCCGAUAUGCUAGCUUAUGAUAGAGGACAGUUCCUUCGCGACACUCCUGCUCCUAGGGGGGCGGAUAUUCCUAAUGGGUUUAGAUAUAUGGUUAGUCCGGCGCCUCAUUCUGACAAGGGGAGGCGGCGGGGACUAGUGCCCGAGGACGACAUUGUGCGGAUUGAACUUCAUCCGAAGGCACCAACUGAGGCUGUGGAUCUUGAUCCUGCUGAGCCAGUGGUGGAUGGGCUGUUUCGAAUUUAUCGCGGGGUAGAGUCCGUUGAAAGAUUCGGAAGCACCAGUCCCGACGCAAAACCUCAAGUUCGAAAUGGUUUCAAGAUCCGCGCUGGAGAGUUCCUGUACGAUCUCCAACAGCGUGACGGCAAUUGGAUCAGAGUCCGAAGGGCGACGGUCGUGAGAGAUGGGCACAUUCUCGAACCAUCGAAAGGCUGCAGUCCCCUUGGAAUUUUCCGAACAAUAUCCCCUGUCUACCAGACGGCAAGCCGAUUCAGUAUUCCGAGAACAACCAGCGGUCACUGGACGAAGCAAACAAGUGGGGAUUUGCAAAUGAUAUUGAUGGGGAGAUGCCGGUGGAAUUUUUGA